CCAAUGCAUACUUUGCUGUAGCAAACGUUUCAUCAUUAUUGUUAUUAUAAAUUUCAGCUCACGAAAUAAUUUAGCGUAAGUUGCGCAAAGCAGCUAACGUUAACCGACAAAGCUGUCCGCCGGGGAAACGAUAACUAACGUUAACGUUAAGACGCGGACAAACAAGGACUUCCAUGUUGACUCAAGACAAUACAAACAUAUUGUCUCAAUGCAAGAGAAUAAAAUGAAGCCGAAGCGCACCCAGAGACAAACAGGACCCAAAUGGCAAGGGAAAGGAGUCAGCACUGGUGACAAAGCAAUGCUGAGCCAAGCUAAGCCAACAUGUUUGUCCUCUGCUGCUCAAGUCAAACCUUUUGCUGGGAAAGUGUUUUUCCUGGAUCUGCCUUCAAACAGGAUAGCAGAGACAUUGGAGAGUGACAUCAAAGACCUGGGAGGGACUGUUGAAAAGUUCUUCAGUAAGGAAAUCAAAUAUCUGGUGUCCAACAAGAGGGAGGCUAGAUAUGUGCACUGCAUCAGACAGGACUCUCCUGUUCCCAGCCCGAACUCUGGCCCAAGUUCACCUCCCCCCCGAUCAAACUGGGACACCAUCAGAAGCAAGUCUCAGGGCCAAACAGACACCUUUGUUCCAAGUCGAGGGAAGUCUUUGGUGGAGAAAGUGGUGAAAGAGCAGGAGAGGGUGAAAAUGAACAAGAUCCUGUCAAAUGCUCUGGAGUGGGGGGUGAAAAUCCUCUACAUAGAUGAUAUAAUCGCAUAUGUUAAGAAGAAAAAAAAGAUUGUCAGUAGCCGGUGUGCUGCUACCACUGCCGUCAAAACAAGUGUCAAAGCUGAGUCGUCAGUAAAGCAAGGCUUUCAGAAAUGCAGAGGAGGGCGAAUCACUAAACCUUUCGUCAAGGUGGAGGAUUCAAGCAGACACUACCGACCAAUCUACCUCACCAUGCCGAACAUGCCCGAGUUCAACCUGAAGACGCUUCCUCCCUGUACUCCCUUCUGUGUCGACGACAAGCUUCUUCCUGGAAACAAACAGCCGGGACGCAGAGGUGCAAAAGCCUCGGCCAGUGAAGAGCUCGCAAACGGCCGAAAGAAGAACAAAGACAAGAAGCGAGGCGGCUACUGCGAGUGCUGUAUGAUCAAAUAUGAGAACGUCACAACGCAUCUAAAGAGUGAGCGUCACAAGGCUUUCUCCAAGAGUGACGAAUACUCGGUGGUGGACAAACUGGUUUCAACUCUGCACUGCAACUUCCUCAUCCAAACAAAAGCUAAAGGACCUAAAUGCAGUGUUUCCUCUGUUCUGAUGGCUCCGGGACCGUUUGGGACGACUGUGCAAAGACACGAGGGAGAUCUCGACAACACGGAGAUUAUUAAAGGAGAAGAGCAGCAUCGGACUGUCGAUGAGGGAUCUUAUUCGGCACACACUUUACAAAUAGGAUCAGUCACUGGUUCCACUCCUCUGAGUCCGAGAGAGAGGAGGAGCCAUUACACUCACCCAGACAGAUACACGCACAAAUCUCUUGCACGUAAACAGCCGUGCAGAAAGAAUUCUUUGACUUCUUGCUCUCAAAAAGCUGAGCAGGCUCAAAUUCCCGAGCCCAGGAUGGAAACAGCCCCCUCUAGAGGUGAAUGUGUUGCCUCUAUUCCCUCCAGAGUUACUCCGGUCAACAAGGUGGACCAAACAACAACAACUCCAGAUGUGAACAGCUCAACCUCCUGCUUCCAUAAUGUGAUUAUCCAGAAUGAAGCUUCCUUAAAAUGCCUUGGUGUCAUAACAAAUCAACAAGAGGAGUCUGAUGGGAAGCAGGGUUCCUCAGUGUGUGAGGCUGUUCACGACGGAAACAUAUCGGUUGACAAAAUGACUGGAAACGACCUCUCAGAAAGAGAAGAAGAAGAAAGUCUUCCUUCACACAGCUUCUCUCCGCUGCGGAAAAUACAGAGGAGGGUGAGAGUUUAUAAACGAAAGAGACGGAAAGUGGACACACGCGUUGAAAGCGUAAAGCAGAGAGACAUUCCAGACAACUUCAUGCUGAAGCUCUGGGACCUGUUUCAGUCAACUGAUGACAUGGAUGUGGAAUUUCUGGGGUUUGAGGACUAGUGAGGGAGACAUGAACUGGAUUAUUAUUGAAACAUGCCACAGUCUGUGCCGUGGACUCUACAAGCCACUAGAUUCUUCUGCAGUUUGAAGACAGCAGAGUGAGUCAGAUGAAGGGCAGCUAUGAUGUGUGGAUUUGGUAUUUAGCAUUGUAUAAGAUAUAAAACCUGAAAGAGGUAAACCAGCAUAAUUACCUUUUACAGAAUUGAAUCCAGGUAAAAGCAAUCUAUUUUGUGAAGAAAAAAUAGGUUUUCAUCAUAUUUUGCAAAUUUAUUGUGGACUGAAUUAUCCAGUAUUUGCCCACAACCGGUCUAAGUCGCUUUAGUCCUGAAAUGAUUCCAUAACAUUCUUCAGUUUUAGACAGAAAUCAAGUUCAGCCUCUCUCUAACUUCAACUCUAAAAUGUAGUUUUAUAGAGAACAUUUCUAGACGCCAUGAACAAUACAAGGCCACCUGCAGAAAAAACACCCCAAAAAAAAAGUAUUAAAGAGGCCGCCUUCUAGACAUGCAUUUUACUUUGACAAAUUUUGAAACCUUUUUAUUGCCAAAUGAAAAUCUAUGAAAUUCCACUGUGUGAAUAUAUUUGUAAGUUUAGUUUCUAUGCGGUCGUUUCCACUGAAUACUGUUGCAGGAAAGGGAGCAUCUUAUUAAAAAAAGGCAGCUUUAUUAAUAAUAUUUUACACAGUAAUCUGGAGAAAGGUGGUUUGAAUCUUUCAGACAUUGAGAACUGAUUGUUUACAUAUGGUUGCAUAUGUAUUGUAUGUGUGGUACUUGAUAUUAUAUAUGACAUUUUAGGAUUCUUCCUAAGUGCACUUUUCCCUGCAUCUGGUGCAUUAGCAUAGUGGCCUUGUUCUCCCACACUGCUCUCUAAGUGAUGCUCUGGGUCAAAUGGGAGUCUCUGUGCCACUGACUUUAAGAAAAAGACUUGAGCAACAACGUGUUCCGAGUUA